UGGGACAGUGGAAGGCGUCCCUGUCCAGGGCAGGGGGUGGAACCGGUUGAGCUUAAGGUUCCUUCUCACCCAAACCGUUCUGUGAUUAUCCAAGCCAUCCGAACCCUCUGUUCCCGACACUGGGUCAAGGAAGGUGCACGGCCAGCACACCCUGUCCCCCAAAGCAAAGUUCCCCGGCCCGAUGGGAAAGGGCAGCCCCGAGGGCUGGGACCCACAGCCUCGGCUGCGGACGGAGGCAGUGGAGCCAGCGGAGCCAGCUGCCCGCGGAGGCCGCUCCACCCGCCCCGAAGGCCAGCAAGGCCGGGGCCGCUCCCCGGGCGCCCCGCACCACGACGGCCCUGCGGCCCCGCAGAACGGAUUUAAACGGCGCCCGCUCCCACCAAUCACUGCCCGCCCGGCUCGGCGCUCGCCCCGCCCCUGCCGCAUGCUCGCCUUUCCAUUGGUCAUCGGCGUUGAAUUUUAAACCCUGCCGCCCUGCCCCUUAGCAACUGCAUCCCUCUGCGCCCUCCGAUUGGCCGCCGCCUGGCAUCGCCUCGCACUCUGAUUGGGCGAGGCUCGGCCAGUGCUGGCCGGCCGCUACCGAACUGCUACUUUCAAAAGCGCCGGGGCUGGAGGUGCGGGCACAGCGCACCGGGCAUGGCUUGCUCACAGAGACCAAGGGAGAGGAUGCCGUUGCCACGCAAUGCCAAGAUGCUGACCACCAAGCAGUCCCGAGCAGGCAAGGCAGGCCCUGCUGCAGAGAAUGUUGAUCCUGAGAAGGAGGAGAGCUGUCAUGCCAAGAGGUCUUCAUCCUCACCCCAGGGCGGGCCCAAGAAGAGAUCAGCGUUUGGAGACAUCACCAAUGCUCGCAAGAACCAGGUGGUGGCAGGGAAGAAGGAGGCUGUGAAGGUUGCUCCACCCAAGGCGCAGAAGGCACAUAAUGCCUUAGGGGUGGCCAAGAACAAUGAGAUCAACCUAAAAAAGUCAAUGAAGAAAACUCCCCCAACAGCUCCUGCAGAGCCCAGAGUGGACCCUGUGCCAGAGAAGCCAGUGUUUGUACAGGAACCGAAGCCCCCUGAGCAGAGGCAGGUGCCAGCAGUGGAGGACAUUGACAAGGAGCAGCUGGGUGACCCCUACGCCAAUGCAGAGUACGCCAAGGAGAUCUUUGAAUACAUGCGGGAAAGAGAGGAAAAAUUCAUGCUUCCUGACUACAUGGAGAAGCAGACAGACAUCAGUGGGGACAUGCGUGCUAUCCUUGUGGACUGGAUGGUGGAGGUGCAGGAGAACUUUGAGCUGAACCAUGAGACACUGUACCUGGCUGUGAAGCUAGUGGACCACUACCUGGUGGAGGUGGUGAGCAUGAGGGAGAAGCUGCAGCUCAUCGGCUCCACUGCCAUCCUUAUUGCCUCCAAAUUUGAGGAGCGGUGCCCACCAUGUGUGGAUGACUUCCUCUAUAUCUGUGAUGAUGCCUACAAGCGGGAGGAGCUUAUUGCUAUGGAGAUGAGCAUCCUCAGCACCCUCAAGUUCGACAUCAACAUCCCCAUCCCCUACCGCUUCCUGCGGCGCUUUGCCAAGUGUGCCCGUGCCACCAUGGAGACACUGACGCUGGCCCGCUUCCUCUGCGAGAUGACCCUGCAGGAGUACGACUAUGCCCGUGAGAGUCCCUCGAAGCUGGCUGCCAGCUGCCUGCUGCUGGCACUUACCAUGAAGAACCUUGGGGGCUGGACCCCUACACUGGAGUACUACAGCGGGUACAGUGCCCAGGACCUGCACCCCCUGGUGAAGAGGCUGAAUUUCCUGCUCACAUACCAGCCCCGUGACAAGCUGAAUGCUGUGCGCAGCAAGUACUCGCACAGGGUCUUCUUUGAGGUUGCCAAAGUCACCCCCAUGGACAUGCUCAAGCUCGAGGAGACGCUCACUAGCUCCUAGCCCUACUCUGUGAAUAAGCCUGUAAAUAAUGGGGUACCCUCAAGCAGGGUGGUACCAUGUACAUAAGUAAUAGUUAUUUUAACUAAGGAUGAGGUGGGGGAAAAAAGUC